GUUCGAGAACUUGGAAAAUAUCUCAAAAACUGAAACCUAUACAAAAAUAAGAACGACAAAGAAAACAAGAAGUGGAAGAAACAUGGUAAGAAGAAACGCAGUUCAUGCCGCUUCAAGUGUUCCUUCGAGGCUGUGGUGGCCGCAGCAAAGGAGGAAAGGAAAACGGGCCGUCGUGCGGUUAGGGAACCGGCGACGAGGGUUCUUUGUUGGGCAACCGCGGACGGUGGUGCAAAGAUGGAGGAUGAACAUCGGAAAGCCGCUGAAGAUAAUGAGAAAUAUCAUUUUGGGAAUUAUCUCAAAUGGUGGUAAUGUUAAGUUCUUAGAUACUUAUCUUUGGUCUUUACCGAUCUUACGUCCUCAGUUGUUUCCACUAUGUUGACCAUUUGUGUUAUCAAAUUCUAAUGUAAAACUGUAAUAUUUUCGUUCA